AUGGAUAUAUUUCACAAAAGAGACUUUGUUAAAGAUAAGAAAUCAGAUAAUAGAAGCCAAUCUAGAGAGGCUGGUGGUAAAUACAGAAAAAGGUUUGGUAAAGAUUUUGGAAAAGAAAUUAUUGAAAGUUUAAGAAAAUUUAAUGAGUUUGGAAAUACAAGUGAAGUGUCUAGAAUUGUAUGUAAUAAUAGAUGCAGCAAAUCAAAAUCAUUAGAAAUAGAACAAGAAGCUAAGACACUCUUGGAUAAUUAUAUAUAUAAACAACAAAGUGGUUCUAAGGUUAAUUACUUAAGAAAAACCAUGCUCAUGACAGAAGAAUAUAGUGAGCAAGGUAGUUUUCUAGUUUUUUGGCUUGAUGUAUUGUCUUUUGCUGAACUUUUAGCUAUAUAA